CUACAAAUUCUUCUUAAUCUUCUAUACUUCUCAAAAAAUCAUCAUCUUGAAAGUUACAAGUAUGAUGCAUCCUACGAGUUUAUACGCCGUUUCUACUCCGCACCUAAAACCCAACGGUUCACAAUAUCACACGUUGUAUAUCGGCCCCAUAACAUCGCCGGGUACUCCGGUUCGUAGCCAAGGACCACUAGUUAUAGCGGCUCGCGCCAACAUUAUACUACACGAUACCAGGGGAAGGAUCCUACAAGUCCCAACCGUUUGCGUAUUCGCGAACCCCUUGCUGGUAUAGCUAAGUAGGUAAGUCCGUGUGUAGUUUUAAAGCGGAAGGUUAGUAUUAUUUACUACUAUAAAUGAACUAUCGUCGUAGUUUAAUUGAGCUAUCCCUCUUCACAUUUAUGCCUCGAAUGUAUUGGUAGUGAAGACACGAUCUUGGAAGCAAAUAUGGCGAAAUCAAAGGCUGCUAAGCCAUCCAUCCCGACGUCUCGGCGUCCUUACAAUGCCCUCUUUAUCUCAGCCUUCAUCGCCCUCGCGACUAUCUUCGGCGUGCUCAUGCGCGUCGACACCGCCAUCAAUGGCGUUCCUAUUGAUCUGCCUGAGAUCGUGGAAGCGGGGCACUUCCCCAACGGAGUUCCGAUCGUGAAGCGUUACACAGGUAUUGAGGCCAUCGAUACCGUAGCCCAAUUCUUUGUCGCUGUCUUUCUCGCUGGGCCUCUGGGUUGGGAUCCUGGCGCACAGGCCCAGCAGCGACAUUUCCUCCUUAAUUGGUUCGCUGUUGUGUGUGUUUGGAGCGCGGAGGCGUAUCGGGGACGGAACAAGGGGAGGAUUAUCACUUUCCUCACACCCCUCGCCAUUCUCUACCAGACUGUAGGGGCAUGCGUCAUAGCGCCUCUGUACUAUGCGUUUUACCUCUACUCUUCUUCACAAGAUGCCUACCACUUCCAAGGCCGCGAAGUAUCCCCCGCCUACGCAAAAGUGCUUCUUCCAGCCGCCGUGCUAGGCUAUCUCGUGCCGAGUAUCGCGCUAUGGUAUACACCAUGGAGCAACAACAACGCAGCGCAGUACCUAGCCGCAUUCUGGCAGAUUUCUCCCCUCAUUGCUGGCGCGCUUAUCCCAAUCUUCUCUUUUUUCGUGCCAUCUUCUAGCACCAAAGCCAAGAAUAGCGAUGUCAAGCACCUAAGAGUCUUGUACAUAGUCACAGCCCUCAUAUGCGCCGCUGAACACAUCCACACGCUCUACUCAUGCUUCACAUCAGACGAUCCACGAGUUUCGUUCAGUUACGUAUUCCUGCCGGAUCGGGCUACUAUGAAGGAUAGCAUGACGCUGGGGUUGCAUUAUAUCAUGCAGCUGGAUUUCUGGGGUGUAUUCAUUUCGGCGCUGUUCUGGUGUUGGAUUGUGCUUUACGAUUCUAUGCGCAUACUUGGCGGAUACACCACCUCGCAUCUCAUUCAGAACUUUCUGGGCCUUGUAUUCCACGCGCUCGUGAUUGGCCCUGGAGCCACCCUCGCUUUGGUUUAUCACUGGAGGGAAGAAAGGCUCGUGAUGAUUGAGAGUGGUGUUAAGGGGAGCUGGAAAAAGCCGAAGGCUGCGUAGGUGAUACUCCUCGGGACUUAUAGAGCUUGCGGUCUUAUAUUUCGUUAAUAAGAUGUACAUCGCCACUUACAAUAAAAGUUCACAUAUUCGCUAUAAU